AUGUGGAUUCAGGGCUGUUCGAUCGACGGUGGACAUGAUUUUUCCCUGCGUCAGCUGCAGGAGAAGUGCAAUGAGCAGCAGAUGCCUCUCCACGUCGCUUUUAUUGACCUAACGAAGGUUUUUGACCUGGUUAGUCGUGACGGACUUUUCCACUUGUUGCAGAAGAUCGGCUGCCCACCGCGCUUACUCGCGGUGGUCAAGUCCUUCCACGAAAAUAUGCACGGCACGGUUUGCUUCAACGGUGUGACCUCAGAAGCUUUUCCAGUCAGCAGCGGAGUGAAGCAGGGUUGCGUGCUCGCGCCCACGCUUUUUGGUAUCUUCUUCUCCAUGCUUCUUCGGUACGCCUUCGCGGACUGUAACGAAGGCGUUUUCAUACACACCAGACACGACGGCAAGCUCUUCAAUAAGGUCACCAGGGUCCUAAUCCGCGAGAUGCUCUUCGCCGACGAUGCAGCCUUGGCAUCACAUACCGAGGGAGGACUCCAGCAGCUUAUCACCCGCUUUGCUAAUGCCUGUAAAGAGUUUGGCCUGACCAUCAGCCUGGGAAAGACUAAGACUAAACUGUGCGUCUACAAGGCUUGCGUCCUCGGCACUCUCCUGUAUGGUUGCGAGACAUGGACCACCUAUGCGGGGCACGAAAGGAAACUCGACGGCUUCCACAUGAGGUGUCUCCGACGCAUACUGCAGAUCAAGUGGCAGGACAGAGUUCCCAAUUCUGUGGUACUAGAGCGAUCAAAUAUGAUUAGUCUGCUCUCAGUUCUCAGCGAGAGAUGUCUCAAGUGGCUGGGACAUGUCAGUAGGAUGGGAGCGGGCCGCAUACCCAAAGACCUCCUCUACGGCGAGCUCGUGGAAGGCCGACGGAAAACGGGACGCCCGAAACUACGCCUCAAGGACAUCUGCAUGAGGGAUUUGAAACGGUGCCGCAUCGACCCAUCCUCGUGGCAGACCCAAGCAGCUGACCGCCAGGGUUGGAGACGCGCUGUCGGGCAGGCCGUGUCCUGCGCUGAGGUCGAGCGCCGCGAUGGCGACUCUCAAAGGAGAUUCAGACGGAAACAGCGGGCGACGCAGCAGCGACAGCCAUCUGCCUUCACCUGUGAUGGCUGUGGAUUGGCUUGUCACUCCAGGAUCGGUCUGCACAGCCACUCUCGGCGAUGCAGGCGGGACCAAUAG